AGUCGUAUGGGCUCGUACACACCGCAGAAAUCUCUUGCUCUCGAAAUCCCAAGCUACCCCGAAUAUUUGCGGUCCUCAAUUCCUGCGUUAUGCUUGCUCUCCUGCCAGACCACAUUGCGGAUCCUCGAGCAAGGGAAGGGCUAUGAAUAUUGAAGCAUUCCCCGCGGAGCCAUCCCGGCCCAUCCACAUUGAUCUCCGUCACUGUCGGCGGCAGUUCGACGUAAGGAUGCGCAUGCAGAAGACAAUCACUGGAGUACGGAAUCCUCAAGAAGUCAAUUUCGAUUUGACAUAUGAUAAACGGAUUCGCAGCCAGCGACAGGUGCUCAGUGUUGCGUCGAACGUUGAACACACGACCGACGCGGGACUCACGCUGCGGCGUCGAAGCUAUGGCUCGUGCGAUCGUAGAAGCGAAAUGAUCCGAAAGAUCAGUCCUCCUUUUCUUGACUCCCACUCCAGGUUCUCAGUGCUACUUCGUUUGUCCACCGUCGUACGGGCUUUCGCGGGCAUCAUUCACCAAAAUAACACUUCGCGAGGGGGCCCAACACCCCAUCCGUUUGGCCAUUCGCUUGCCAGUGAACUCGACAUCAACCUCCCAUACGCCGCCACAUCUCUAUGCCUAGCGCAAUCACCAGCUGCGUAGCUGACGUAGACGUCGGGCGUCUCGAAUGGAGCUUCGUGGGCCGCACGACAGAUCACUCUCAGAGCUCAUCGAGUCCUCAUAUAGGUUCCU